AUAACUUCAGUUAAUGACCCAAUAUUCUAAAAAAUAUAUUGAAAAUACCUUUAAAAAUAACGUAAAAAAAUAAAUACAAAAAUAUAUUUCUUGUAUUUAAAAAAUAAAAGUUUUCCGGAUUUAGAAAGCGAGGUUUAAUUCUUAAUCAUAAUGACAUGUCCUCUGUUUGAGUGUGUUUGCCACAUUUAUAAAAUUUCACCAAAACCUUUUUUUAAAGCUUUUUCCCCAGUGUACGGUGAUAGGAUCAUCAUGGCAGUGAACGCAGCCGCCUGGCGCACAUCCCUCACCUGCUUCAGCUGCUCUCCUCCGACUCUCUGCUGCUGCUCACAUCCUGUCUGUCUGGGAGGGAGAGGCAGAGAAAGAGAAUCGACUUAACAGACUCCCGGAAUCCACUUUAUGCGCGAUUUACGCACACGCGUGUCUACUUUUACGCGUAGAUUUUUUGGGGGGGAAACUUUUCCAAUCUCAAGAAGAGAGGUUUUGCGACAGGAAAACUGUACAUUUAAUGAGUUUAAAGCUGCGCUUGAGCGGACUAUUUUAAAAAAAAUCUUUAUUGUUAACAUGGAAAGCUUGUCGCUACUUUGUAUUGAAAAAAUAACAGUUUAAACUUUUUUCUUUUUACGCGCGACUUUAGCGCACAUUUACAGGGAAACACUAAAAACUAAAGGACUCGUAGAGGAAGAUAAGGAAAACGGACACAUCUGGAUUGAAAAGAAGGGAGAAACAAAGGAAAAGUCGAUUCAAUCUGGAUUAAUAGAUGUAUAUGUGAACGUUUCCCCGCAUCCGAAUUGAUUUCGUUCGGACAAGGGGAGACUUUCAUGGAGGUUUUAUGUGGGACCCGCUAGGAUGGACGUGGUAGAUGAAACAGAAGCGUUACAGAGAUUCUUUGAAGGUCAUGAUAUUACCAGUUCUCUGGAGCCAGCCAACAUUGACACCAGUAUCCUGGAAGAGUACAUCAGCAAGGAGGACGAUAGCGCUGACAUCUGUUUCUCUGAGGUCCACAGCACCCCAGGACCAAAUUACUCAUCUCCUCAGGCGGGAGUUUCCUCCUCUGGAGGGUUGGGGUGUGGUGUGAGUCCCCCUAUUCCUCUUCGCCAAGGAGCUCCUCCACUUGGGCCCCCGAGCUGUCAGAGCACCUACCCUCAGGUUCCAUCCCUGGGGCUCCGACACAACUACCCCUGCCUGGGACAGCAGCAACCACACCAGCAGCAUCAGCAACAGGCUCUGGUCAAGCCUGAGCACAGGGGUCACUACGCUCCGGGGACAUUACCUGAAUCUCCACCAGACUCUAGCUCAGAGCCAUACUCCCCUCAGCAGGUGAAUGAUCCUCAUAUGAUCAGGACCAUGACACCAGAGAACAUGUGUCACAUGACCCCCACUCCACCCCUACCGUCACACGGACACUACUCCAACAUGCACCGGGACAUGUACCUGAAGCCGGAGCCCAUCAUAUCGCAGUACCCCAUUGGACCAGCCACAAGCGGGGGCGGGGACAUGCAGCAGACGCAGAUGCUCCAUCAGCUGCUGCAGCAUCCUCAGGGCCAAGAAGGCCUCCCUGUCCACCAGGCGAAGAAGAGGAAGCACUCCGACUCUCCAAACAGCACCUUAAAUUCCCAAAUCCUCACAGGUAUCAUCAAACAAGAACCAGGCUUGAUGCAGGAUGCAGACAACGCCUACCUGGACCCAAACUAUCAGUGCAUCAAGUGGCAACCCCACCAGCAAAACAAAUGGACGCCACUUUACGACGCCAACUGCAAAGAGCUUCCGAUGCCAACGUACCGCGUUGAUGCCGACAAAGGCUUCAACUUCUCCCUGGCUGAUGACGCCUUCGUUUGCCAGAAGAAAAACCACUUCCAGGUUACGGUGUACGUCGGAAUGCUGGGAGAUCCCAAGUAUGUCAAGACGAAUGAAGGCCUGCAGCCCAUUGAUUGCUUCUACCUCAAACUCAAUGGAGUAAAGGUGAAGAAAGGACACAAGGUGGAAGCAAUGAAUCAGACAAUAAGUGUGGAGCAGUCUCAGUCGGACCGUAGCAAGAGGCCCUUCAAACCAGUGCUAGUCACUUUGCCUCCAGAGCAGGUGACAAAAGUCACAGUGGGGCGGCUCCACUUCAGUGAAACGACAGCAAAUAACAUGAGAAAAAAAGGCAAACCGAAUCCCGAUCAGAGGUAUUUCAUGCUGGUGGUGGCACUGCACGCUCAGUCCCAUAGUCAGAGCUACACUGUGGCUGCCCAUGUAUCUGAGAGGAUCAUCGUCAGGGCAUCCAAUCCAGGCCAGUUUGAAAGUGACAACGAGGUUCUGUGGCAGCGAGGCCAGCUGCCCGACUCGGUGUACCACCAUGGCAGAGUGGGCAUCAACAACGACCGCCCAGAUGAGGCCCUUGUUGUCCACGGCAACGUGAAGGUCAUGGGCUCCUUGGUUCAUCCGUCUGACAUCAGGACUAAAGAAAACGUCCAGGAGGUUGACACCACAGACAAUUUAAAACGCAUUUCACAGAUGAGGCUUGUCCAUUACCAGUACAAGCCUGAGUUUGCUGCCACUGUGGGCAUAGAGAACACUGCAGAGACUGGAGUAAUUGCUCAGGAGGUUCAACAGAUCUUGCCAGAAGCAGUAAAGGAGGGAGGAGAUGUGGUUUGUGCCAAUGGAGAAACGAUUCCUAACCUCUUGGUGGUCAACAAGGAGCGCAUCUUCAUGGAGAACGUUGGAGCUGUCAAAGAGCUCUGUAAGCUCACCGACAACCUGGAGACCCGCAUAGAUGAGCUGGAGCGGUGGAGCCGGAAACUGGCCAAGCUGCGUCGGCUUGACAGCAUGAAGAGCACCGUGAGCGGAGGCACAGUGAGCCAAGCAGGAAGUUAUUUCAGCAGAACUGGAAGUGGCCCCCUCAAGAAGAAGGCAGUCAAGCCUGGGAGCAAGAGCUCGUCUUCAGAUCCAGGCUGCAUCAGUCAGAAGUUCAUACAGGGAACUAUCCUGGCUCUGGUCAUCGUCAUGGCCUUCAGCAUCAUCUCCAUGUCUGUCCUCUACAUCCUCACUCUCCAUCACAGAGGAGACGUCACAGAGAAAGACAGCUAUGUGUCUUCCUGCGUUCUCUACAUCUCUUGGAUGCCCCUCUUCACUGCCUCUGUAAAUCUCUGUUCACCUGUCUGCGCAUGGUCAGGAGCAGCUCUGAGAUCCUCCCACAAGACUCUCUAUGGCCCCCUGUCCACCACACCUGCACCAGCAGCUUGCUGUUCCACCACAGCUGUAAACAACCAAACAGCAACCACUUCAACACCAAGUAAUAACCAAUCUACAACAGGGUUAAACAGCCUCAAUCCCACUCCAGGUACGAUUAAUAGAAAGGCCAAGUCCAUGCAAAAGGACAAGGACGGCCUAAACCGAAACCAUCAUCCCAUGUAUUUGGGCAAGUCCAAGAAACCCGUCUCCACAGAUCUGGAUGGGGUGGGGUCCACCAACCGCCUGCCAGGGGGGCAGCAGCCUGUGCCAAGAAGACAACGCAGCCUGACUGAGAAAGGGGGAAAAGGUGCUCCCUCACUCAUUAGAGUCCAUAUUGUGGAGACAAACUCAGAAAUAAUGUCACAAAGCUGUACAGCAGCAGAGAGCUGCAGUUACACAAUUUCUCUUGAUGGACAAAGAAACUCUUCAUUUUCUCACAUUACUUUGCACAUGACCUUCACAAACAGUGUUUGGGUAAAACAGUGUGGAACCAUCAAAGGACGUUUAUGCCGCUACCACACAGAAACACAGGUCUACGGCGCUCAGAGAACACCAACAAAGGGGACUCAUCACCUGUGGUCAGUGCCUGUGUUGUCUUUCCAAGAGGUCAAAUAUCACCUCCGUGUGUCUCUGUCUAAUGAAGUCAGUUGUGCCACUAAAGAAAACAGAUCAACGCUCUCGGAUUUCUAUUUUGUCAUUCAGAACAGUUGUAUGUGAGGAGGAGGAGGAGCAGGACCACGUGGACCACUGUCUUCCUUUCACUCCCUUACAUCUCCCCUAUAAAGUUUUGUAUGUUGUGAUGUUAUCCAGCUUAUCCACUGUAAUACCCUUUGUAUGUUUACUUUUUCCUGUGACAACUGGAGGAUACAAUUCUGGAGAUAUUUCUGCGUAUUGUAAUUGUAAAAACAAAUCCCAUGUGUACAUAAUUGACUUUAUUACUGAUCUAUUUAGCCAUAAUUACCUUUUCAGCAGCUUUAAAUGCCAUUAUUAUUCUGAGGUGUGUGUUCAGUGAAACCAGCAUUUACAAAAGCACAUUACAAUAAUCUUUUACAUUGAAAAAUACAUGAUUGGGUUCUCACAUUAUAAACAUACCUCAGUAGUGCACACUGUCAAAUUCCCUUAGAGGCUUUGUGUUAAUAACACAGCUUGCUGUUCGCAUGUGCUGCAUUUAAUUUAAACUAAUUGCAGACUCAAAAUAUGUGGUGCAUAUGCAACAAAUGUGCAUGCUGUAAAUUUGAGAAGCCACUUGUCAAAAUAAUAUUUGGAAUAACCACUGGAGGACUGUUUGUUAAAAAAAAUGAUUCAGCAAACACAUGGCAUUAUGGUGUAGGUGCAGCUCUCAUGAUCUGACAGAGAAAGUACAACAAGUCCAACACUGACAAUAUUUCACAAAACACUGGAAUAGCUUACACUGUAUUUUUUUUAACUGGACAAUGCUGGUACGGCAAUAAAUGACAAAUAUCAAUUGAGGUGUAUUCCCAAUCAUUUCUUUAAACUAAUACAUCACGGCUUGAUUACUUUCUUUGUUUAUUUCUGGAUUAUACCGCAAAGAAGAAAGAGAUUUACUCAGAAAGACAGUGAUCAUUUUUGGAAAAUUCCCACCAGAUAUAUAUACUGUGUUUUUAACUGUUUCUAAGACUAUGCAAUGACAACACGUUUGAUAGAGCUGAUAUAUGUAAUAUUUACUUUCUGUACGGCCUUUUCCUAUGUCAAAGAAUUAGUUUGAUUUCAAAAAAUAUGUUUUAUGUGACAUUUGCUAAUAAAUCUGUAUGGAUCUGUGUUCCAAAAUCAAAACUCAGCACUGUAACUCCAAUGUAACAUCCACAAUUAGUAGGAAAAAACAGCCAUUAGACAACGAUCUCAGAUUUUAUUAUGAUAUGAAAACUGUGUAUAAUAUUUCACCAUACUUUUGAUGUUCAUUUGUACAAUAUUAGCUAAUUUAUAAUGCACCAGCUGUCAUAUGGAAACCACUGUAGCACUUUUAUUGCACUGAAUAUAUGAACUGCUCUUUUUUCCUCCUGUCUCCAGCGUCAGACUGGUUUCAGGUAGACCAACCGUGUGUAACUGUAAUGCUUCGUUUCACUAUUGCAUUUAUUCUUUCUGUUUGAUAGUUUUAUUGUAUCCUUUUUUUAAAUGUAUCAAUAAUAUAUUAACUUUUAUCUUUUUAAAGCUGAGCAGUUAUUGGUAAACUUGAGCACACGUCAAUACCCAUUUGUAAUUUUAGCACUAUCAGAAAAUAAACAAAGCUUACAUUUACUGUCUGGAUUAAUAUGCCUACUCAUUGCAUUUUAAUUUUUAAAGAUAUACUGUAAUAGUGUAAUUGCAUGCCGUAAAUAAAUUGGUUGUUAGACAGUUUAAAAUUACUUGACCUCAAUGUUUGAUUUGAGAACUUUUCCAUCUGUCCACUGGAGGGCAGUCAAGAGUUUUCCCAAUAUCUCUAGGUGCUGUUAUACCCUGCGAUAAAUCUUCCAGGCAACAAAAAAGGCGAGCGCUGAUCUAUGUUUCAUAUAAUGAGCUAAUUAAAAUAAUAUUAUACCUUUUUACAAUUCUGUGUAAAAUUUAAUGUGCAUAAAGUAUUAAUCCCGUUUGAAUAAUGAAUGGAAACGAACGCCUGUGUGCCUGACAGGCAAGACCAAGGGCAUAUUUGUGCCACUUACAGACGUCAGGAAAAAAAUCAGGAAGCAAUAGUCCGUACGUGGCCUUUUCACCAUAGUCGACAUCUGCUAGAGGUUCGCUUCAUUCUAAAGAAAUGGAACUCGAGGCUAUGACCAGAUACACCAGCCCGGUGAACCCGGCCGUCUUCCCCCACCUCACCGUGGUGCUGUUGGCCAUUGGCACCUUCUUCACCGCCUGGUUCUUCGUAUAUGAGGUUACAUCAACAAAAUACACGAGGGACAUCUAUAAGGAGCUGCUGAUCUCCCUUGUGGCUUCGCUUUUCAUGGGCUUUGGCGUGCUCUUCCUACUACUCUGGGUCGGCAUCUAUGUCUGAAGAUAACUGGCUUCAAGAAACACAUUCCAGCAGAAUAGAAGACUUCACUCAUGUUUUUCAGGAUUCUGGAUUUGAUAGGAGGGCACUGACAGUUUUUUUUUUUUUUGAUCAUAUGGACUCAAGUAAAGGUGGAUUUGUACAA